UGUUUAAUAUUAAUGAAGCUAAAGCCAUAAAUAAAUCAUAUUGUUACCUUUUACAAUUCGAGACGUUACGAAAUCCUUCUAACUCUUUUGUUUUCUUUACAUGUCCAUGUGUAUGGGAUCAUCAUGAUGUAAAAACAUUUACUACACUUUGAAUGGUGUCAGCUUGCCAUAUUUGGAAACAACCACACAGACAUUCAUUGAGCUUAAUGACUUUAACGCGGCUCUCAUAUUAAGCACUGACAACAGAUGGUUAGAGGAACUAUCACAUUUUCCCAAUUCCGCAGGGAUUUCACCAUCCUCGUGGCUCCAAAAUGCCAGAUUUUAAUGAAGAUGAUGAUCACCCAACUUUCCCUCUUGCGACACGGACCAUGAGGCUGUCAUUUUGUUUUGAGUUGUAAAUCUCAUACCUACCAAACAAAGCAGCACACUGAUGUUGCAAGCACCAGCAGUUUGCCUAGUCCAGCUGCAUUACAGCAUGUUACCAUGAAAUCUGGUAUAUGGCAGGUCUGUUUUUACAACAUGGUUAGACGGAACCUGGGUCAGUCCACUCGCUCCAUCUAUCUGGGACUGGCUUGUCUGUCCCUCAGUCUCCAUGUCCUUCUGGCAUUUUUUUGCCUUUCAGUCCUCCAGACUGCCUGUGUUUUUCCCUCUUCUUCCUCCUCCAUCCCCGGAACAGAUACUCAGCAUCACGAGUCUGUCUCCCAGUCUCCUGCUUCUGAUGCUGCCUCCUCAAACAAACUGCAGAGGCGCCCCCACGAUGAAGUGCGUCACAAACUGACUGCAAACAUGUUACACCGUAAAGUCCGAGGCUCAUUAAAUGAGGUCACUGAGAAGUCAAAGAAACUGAUUGGAGUUGGAAAAAUAAUUCAGAAAGUCGAUGGUCCUUCUAAGCUUGAGGCACUGUUCGAGCAUCCGCUGUACAAUCUGCCACAGCCAGAGCUGCAGCAAGAUGAUUGGCUGCUGAGGCUGAAAACAGAAGAAGAUGCAAAGGAUACGGAAAGUCAGGAAGAAGAGAAGGAAGACAUCUUUCCUGAUGAUAGUGAGUGGCAAAGCAACAGUCACGAGGAAGGCUAUGACAAAGUCACAUGGACAACUGAUGUGGAGACCCACCCUCCCUGGCUGCGGUUCCACCUGGGCAUCUCUCGCUGGGAGCUGUACAACAGGAAAGACCCCAACCUCGCUCAGCUGACUCACUAUUUGGCAACACAGCGUAUCCUUGGCGCAGUUCAAAAGAAGGGAGGCACCCAACUGAAACUGCUCAUAUCGUUCCCAAAUUAUGGACAAGCUCUGCUCAAACCCAUGAAGCAAUCCAGACAUGCAGAGACUGAUGUAAACCUCUUUUACUUCUCUGACUUUGAAAGACACAACGCAGAGAUCGCUGCCUUUCACCUUGACAGAUUGCUGAGCUUUAACAGAAUCCCUCCAGUGGUUGGACGGCUCAUCAAUGUUACCACAGAGAUCAAAGAGAUUACCACCGACCGCAGGCUGUCUAAGACCUUCUUCACUUCCCCUGCUGGGAACGUGUGUUUCUAUGGGCAGUGUGAAUACUACUGCUCAGUGGAGCACCCGGUGUGCGGUCAGCCACAUAUGCUGGAGGUUUCCCUGGCUACCAUGCUGCCUGACCUCACCAUUGCCCCUCGCAGGUCCUGGAGGUCCCCAUGGAGGCGAUCUUACAGCCGCACCAAGCUUGCACAGUGGGAAAAAGACCCAGCCUACUGUGAUACAGUGAAGCAGACACCUCCUUACAAUCAAGGAACCAGACUGGUGGAUCUCAUAGAUAUGGCUGUCCUGGACUUCCUCAUGAGCAACAUGGACAGACAUCACUAUGAGACGUUUGAGCAAUUUGGCAACAACACUUUUCUUCUGCACCUUGAUAAUGGACGGGCGUUUGGGCGUCACUCUCAAGAUGAGCCGUCCAUUCUAGCUCCAUUGCAGCAGUGUUGCAGGAUCCGUCGCUCCACCCUCCUCCGCUUGCGUCUGCUGUCUCUUCCUGAUUUCCGACUGAGCGACAUCAUGCGGGAAUCGCUGACUCAGGAUCCUUUGUCACGAGUGGCCCCUCUCCUCUCAGAACCACAUCUGUCCGCGUUGGACCGGCGCCUUGCAAAAGUUCUGCAAGUGGUGCAGGCGUGUCAGGAAAAGCAUGAUGAUGUCAUUUACAAUGACAUAGAGGGACAUGAUCAAGGACCAUGAUCAGCUGUUACUGCCUGACUGAAUAUAGAAAAACAUUCAAUUAUACCUGACAUAUAGAUUAUAUAUUGCAAUUGUCCCACUGUUACCUUACCAAUACUCUUUUUAAUAUUUUUGACAAACUACAACAAAACAUCAAACCAACAAACAUAUGCAAAAAUACAAAUACAGAAAUCAAAAUGUUCAAAUUUACAUGAAAAAAAAAAACAUGCAGCAAAUUACACACUUGAUUUUUACUUAAAGUUUUUUUAUAUAUAUAUAUAUAUAUCUAGGUCUUUUACAAAAUUUUAAAUAAAGGAGUCCUCAAACCA